AUGCUCUUGGCAAGCGCAAGCAUGAUGCCUCCAAGCAAUGUCUCUUGUUGUCCUGGACGAACGAGCAAGGACAGAACGGGAGCGACAGCUGUGUUCCACAACAAAAGCCCAAGGCGAGUGUCCCUGCAAGUCAACCACAAAUUGCGUUAUCAUUACGCACGUCUUCUUCUUUUCCCAUAUGCUUUUAUCCCCCUAGUAGUUCUCUUUUUUCUCAUGUCUGACGACCUCUACGUAAGGAGGACGUCCGUGGCUGUGGCAGCCUCCCAGGAACUUAGAGCCACUGUCAAUACUCAGGAAGGUGACAGCGCGACAUUGGGACCGACCACAUCGCGAAGAAGACAACCUCCUUCGUCAACUGUAGACAUAUUAGCCAAUCUUCGUAAAAAUAGGAAGUUAGCGGCGACAUCCCUCAUGGCUCUGGCUGCAGCCGGCGCUGUUGUUGUCACCUUACUGACUAUGAGACAACACACAACGAGGAGAAGAGUGAAGUUACUGCGCGCUGCCCGUCGCGCACCACUAUCCAACUCUCCUAGAGAUGAAGCAGAUGCGGGGAACGGAUUCCGUAAUCAACACAUGGAAACAACGCAGCGUGUAGAAACUGGUCACAACAUGGGACUUGAAUUAUUCGAGCAAGGAACAGUUCCAGUACUGAAGCUGCGAUCCGAUGACGUAUCGUUUCGUAACCAGAAGACAGACGCUGAAGUUCUGGGUCCAACAUAUCAGAGUUCAGAUGCAAAAUAAUUCUACGGAGCGGAGAAUACUAGGUACCAGCUGGGUUCGCAGCUGAGUCUAACUCCAGAGAGGAGUUCUUCUCAUCAGGAGGCUGUGGUUGGCAGGUGAAUAACAGGGAUGGGGAGUACUGAGGACUUGAAUUGAGUUGAACAAAUCUGAUGUAGGCAGAUCCACCUUAAACAUCAAGUUCGAUCUUGUGCCACAGGCAAGGCGACACCAGAUGCAAAGUUGAGACGAAACAGUUUAUUCAGUGUGGCUGAUUUGUUGCUGUGACCCUUGACCGACCCUUCGUGUUGCUGAAGUGAAAAGGCAGAAAGAUCACGUGCGUCUGCGUGGCUGUAAUACGGUUACCUGGUAUUUUCCGCAUGGGUCGGAGACGUCGAUACAACGAGCCAUAUUUGUCAACUUGCGCCUCUGAAGUGAAGAAGGGAACCGGUUUUUAUCGGAAAGGUGGAAGAGGUCAACCCGUUUUGCGUCCCCUUUCGGAUGUUCCCUGCCGCAUUUCCAAUUAUGUCAGCUGACCAGCAACCCCCUAAAGGCGUUGCACCAAGCUCCCUUCAAAUUUGUUGAGUAACAUUCUUUGAUCUCUGUGAAUUCAGGCACCCGGCGCAGAGCUAGCAAGAGAUGACGUGUUUUUUGGACUGGGGGCCCUUGCUGCCUUUGGACUGCUCGAGCGGUAUCAUCACUACUGAGUGCGAGGACUGGGUGUCGGCGGCUGCAGCCAAUGUGCCUACAAGAGAGCGGCAGAGUUGUGCGAGUCCGGUCUCGAAGAAGACUCCGUUGCAACGGGAAAAGUGUAACAUUGUAGAGGAUGCCGAACACAGGCAUGACUGUGUCUGUCUUUUCUGUCUGUAGUUUCGCAGCUCAAACGCAUACAGAUCAGACACUGGCAGUUAUCUGGAGCGUAAUGACGGAUCCAGUGGGAAAUAGUCGCGUUGGCACUUGUCUUCGAGCAGGAUUGGCGUUACACAGGCGUUUUCACUGGCUUCAGAUUUGUGAUCCAGAAUGAUUUCCGUUGCUUCAGUGUUACAGUCGCUUUUUGGUACCACAAACGCGAAUUUCAAAUUACAAAUCGGUAAGGGGGUGUAGUUGGUUUGUCUCUGAGGAAAGAACGCCUUUAGUCGUUCGAAUGGACGCAAAUAUGUGGGCUUUCUGGAACUGUUGAAAUUAAUUAACGGGUGACAUGCUGUCGUGACGCGUGGAAAAGUGGUGUGGCUGUUUAUAUUGAAGGCAUUGAUGAGAAUGGCCUGAGACUCUACAUGUUUAUUGAGGUUUUCUGUGGAGGUGGGUGUUCGGAGGCAGGGUGUGUGCUAGCCCGUAUAACGACUGCUUUCCAUCGCGAAAGGGGAUGGAGGCCAGGGGAAGGGUUGUGAACACAGAAGACAGAGUGAAUGCUGAUUCCCUAAGCCAGUGAUGAUUGUUCAACCCAAGGGUGAUAUGAUGCAGUCGAAUGAGAUGUCUGCUUUCCAAUUGUCUCCUCGCGCAGCGAGUGAGUGCCCAUAUACUGGUUACAAUGUUGUUUAGCAUCUCGUUGCUUAAGCUCGCAGUGUGACUAUGUGUGCCUAAGUGUGCGUUACCGUGAGUGGAUAUCUGGCAGGUCAAGGAUCUGAAUCUUGGCUCAGGCAGCGAGUCUGAUUUGUGAAGAAGAAUAUUGUGACACGCA